UUAACCAAUGAACGGGGACGUCUUUCAAAACAAAAACGUCGCUUCUUGCGUCGUGAAGCUGGGGUCCUAUAAACAAAUAUAUUUUAGCGUAAGCUUCUAAAAACUCAAAGCGUCAGGAUGAAAAUGGUCAAUUUGAAGCAAGCCAUUCUGCAGGCUUGGAAAGAUCGUUGGAGUGACUACCAGUGGGCCAUCAACAUCAAGAAAAACUUCCCAAAGGGAGUAACAUGGGACUAUCUCAACCUUGCAGAGGCUUUGAUGGAGCAGGCGAUGAUUGGACCAUCCCCUAACCCACUCAUCUUGUCUUAUCUCAAAUAUGCCAUAAGUUCACAGAUGGUGUCUUAUUCCAGUGUGCUUAUGGCUAUCAGCAAGUUUGAUGAUUUUUCCCGGGAGCUCUGCGUCAAGUCACUGUUAGAAAUAAUGGACAUGUUCUGCCAUCGCCUUAGCUGUCACGGAAAAACAGAGGAAUGCAUCGGGCUUUGUCGGGCUCUGCUGGCAGUGGUAGUGUGGCUGCUGCAGGGCUGCGCGUGGUACUGUGAGAAGCUCAGAGAACUGGGUCCAUCAGCGAGCACAGAGACCAGUCUUGGAGCCUGCCAGGAAAGGCUCCAGAGUUUGAUGACCAGCACCAAGAACAGAGCUUUGGUCCACAUUGCCAGAUUGGAGGACCAAGGUUCCUGGAGCAAUGUAGAGCAAGCUAUGCUUAAUUUGACAGAUGGUCUUAGUAGUGUGACUAACUCAAAACUGCAUACUAAAUUAGAGGAGAGCUUGUCACUAGUAAAAAGUAUUCCCCUGAUGCUGUCUGAGCAGAGUGACCCUCCAGUUUAUGCCUCUUUUCCAUCAGUUCAUGCCUUCAUCAUGCUGGAAGGCACUAUGAAUUUGACAGGAGAGAUACAGCCACUGGUGGAGCAGUUAAUGAUGAUCAAAAGAAUGCAGAGAAUCCCUGCUCCCCUUUUUGUCCUGGAGAUAUGGAAAGCUUGCUUCACUGGCCUCAUUGAGUCACCAGAGGGCACAGAGGAGCUUAAAUGGACUGCUUUUACUUUCCUUAAGAUCCCACAAGUUCUACUCCGACUAAAGAAAUAUCCUCAGAGUGACAGAGGACAGGAUUUCAUGGAGGAUGUGAACAUAGCAUUUCAGUACUUACUUAAGCUUACGCCACUCCUGGACAAAGCAGAUCAGAGAUGCAACUGUGAUUGCCUUGGAAUGCUCCUGACAGAGUGUAAUAAACUCGGGCUGCUGUCGGAUUCAAAUACAGUUAACCUCACAUCAAAGCGGACCGAGGACAGGGAGUUCGCCCCCAGGCUAAAGACUGCAGAAAAUGCUAACAUCCAGCCUAACCCAGGCCUCAUCCUGAGGGCGGAGCCCACUGUUACCAAUAUUCUCAAGACAGUAGAUGCAGACCACUCUAAGUCUCCUGAGGGUCUGCUCGGUGUUCUUGGCCACAUGUUGUCUGGGAAGAGCCUAGAUCUGCUCCUGGCUGCAGCAGCAGCCACUGGGAAACUCAAAUCCUUUGCCCGGAAGUUCAUUAAGCUUAAUGAGUUUCCCAAGCACAUCAGCGGGGAAGGAUCCAAGUCUGCGUCUGUACGGGCUCUGCUCUUCGACAUCUCCUUCCUCAUGCUCUGCCACGUGGUGCAGACAUAUGGAUCUGAGGUGAUCCUGUCAGACCCCAGUCCUUCAGGAGAGACGCCCUUCUUCGAAACGUGGCUGCAGACAUGUAUGCCUGAAGAGGGCAAGACUCUGAACCCAGAAAACCCCUGCUUCAGACCCGAGCCUGGGAAAGUGGAGAGCCUGGUGACCCUGCUGAACAACUCAUCAGAGAUGAAACUAGUGCAGGUGAAAUGGCAUGAGAUCUGCCUUAGCAUUCCAGCGGCCAUACUGGAAGUCUUGAAUGCAUGGGAGAAUGGUGUGCUUUCUGCAGAGGCGGUCCAGAAGAUUACUGACAAUAUCAAGGGCAAAGUGUGCAGCAUGGCCAUCUGUGCGGUGGCAUGGUUGGUAGCCCAUGUCCGGAUGCUUGGAAGAGAUGAGAGGGAGAAGCCCCAAACUAUGAUCCGGCAGCUUGUAACGCCACUUUAUGGGGAGAACACUCUGCAGUUUUACAAUGAACGCGUGAUCAUAAUGAGCUCCAUCAUGGAGCACAUGUGCGCCGACGUCUUCCAACAGACGGGUGCCACCCUGCGGUCCCCAGUGGAGGGCCAGGAGCCGAUCCCCUACCGCAACCUGCUGCCACCCAAAGAACCCAUCCAUACGGCCCUCAGCAAACAGUUCCAGGCAGUGCUGCGUAAAGGCUGGGUGGACAGCCGAGCUCUGCAUCUGUUCGAGAGUCUUCUCAACAUGGGAGGUGUCUUCUGGUUCACUAACAAUCUGGUCAAGGAACUGUUAAAGGAGACACGGCAGGAGUGGGCCAAUCGAGUGGUAGAGUUACUCUACAGCAUCUUCUGCUUGGACACCCAGCAGAUCACCCUCACGCUGCUAGGUACCAUACUGCCCAAUCUACUCACAGACUCCGCCCACUGGCGCAGCCUGGCAGACCCACCUGGAAAGGCACUGGCCAAGCUGUCUGUGUGGUGCGCACUCAGCUCUUACUCCUCUCACCACAAAGGUUCUUUCUCAGCUCGCCAGCGCAAAAGGCAGAGAGAAGAUAUUGAGGACUACAACAGCCUCUUUCCCUUGGAUGACACUCAACCAUCUAAACUCAUGCGGCUGCUCAGCUCCAACGAGGAUGAACCUGUAGCCCUUUCCAGUCCAGGAGACCGGUCUAUGAGCAGCUCUCUAUCUGCCUCACAGCUCCACACUGUCAACAUGAGGGACCCCCUCAACCGAGUCCUGGCCAACCUUUUUCUCCUCAUUUCCUCCAUCCUUGGCUCAAAGAUGGCUGGACCUCACACCCAGUUUGUGCAGAGCUUCAUGGAGGAGUGUGUUGAGUGUCUGGAGCAGGGAAGCCGUGGGAGCAUCCUGCAGUUCAUGCCUUUUACAAUGGUUUACGAGUUGGUGAAGCUGCCCGCUCUGGCCAAACCUAAAGUUGUGCUUGCAAUCACUGACCUGACUCUGCCGCUGGGGAGACGUGUAGCUGCCAAAGCCAUCUCUGCUCUGUGAGGCUCGGGUUUAAAUUUACCUCCGAAAUAAAUCGAGGCAUCGACGGAUUUAUCUUCUGUUGGUGGGCAACAAAAGCCCAGCGGAGGGCUGAAAACAGUUUGCAAGAGCUCUGGACUCACAUUGUUUUGAUAUUCUUUUAUAUAUUUUUUUCUCACGCUUGUAAAUAAUUUUGGAAUAAAUAAAGAAAUCAGAC